UGCUGUGAGCAUUUCUGGAGCCAAAGCUCUUCUCCACAGAGGGAGGACAGAGCAGGCAGCAGAGACCAUGAGGGCCCCCCCAGACCCUCCCCGCAGACAGCACAUCCCCUGGCACGGCCUCCUGCUCACAGCCUCACUUGUAACUUUCUGGAAUCGACCCACCACUGCCCAGCUCACUAUGGAAUCUGUGCCGUUCAAUGCUGCCAAAGGGAAGGAUGUUCUUCUACUUGUCCACAAUCUGCCAGAGAAUCUUCUAGCCUAUCACUGGUACAAAGGGCAAGUAGUGUCCAGCAACCAACGCAUUGUGUCAUAUGUAACAGGCACUCAAGUAAAUACCCCAGGGCCUGCAAACAGUGGUCGAGAGACAUUAUUCCUCAAUGGGUCUCUGCUGUUCCAGAAUGUCUCCCUGGAGGACACAGGAUACUACACACUAGAAAUCAUAGAUGCAGAUGUCAGCACUGAUCAAGUAACUGGACAGUUCCAAGUAUAUCCGGAAUUACCCAAACCCUCCAUCACAAGCAACAACUCUCACCCUGUGGAGGACGAGGACUCUGUGGCAUUAACGUGUGAACCUGAGAGUCAGGACACAACCUACGUGUGGUGGAUAAACGAUCAGAGGCUCCAGGUCAGUCCCAGGCUGGAUCUGUCCCUGGACAACAGGACUCUCACUUUACUCAGUGUCAAAAGGAAUGACACAGGACGCUACGAGUGUGAAAUCCAGAACCCAGUGAGCACCAGCCGCAGUGACGCAUUCACCCUGAAUAUUUCCUAUGGCCCGGACACCCCCACCAUUUCCCCCCCAGACUCAUCUUACCAUCCAGGAGCAAACCUCAGCCUCUUCUGCUAUGCGGCCUCUAACCCACCCGCACAGUAUUCGUGGCUUAUCAAUGGGAGGCCCCAGCAAUCCACACAAGAGCUCACUAUCCCCAACAUCACUGUGAAUGAUAGUGGAUCCUAUACCUGCCUUGCCUAUAACUCUGCCACAGGCCUCAACAGGACCACAGUCAAGACAAUCACAGUCUCUGCGGAGUUACCUAAACCCUCCAUCACAAGUAACAACUCUCACCCUGUGGAGGACGAGGACUCUGUGGCAUUAACGUGUGAACCUGAGACUCAGGACACAACCUACGUGUGGUGGAUAAACGGUCAGAGGCUCCAGGUCAGUCCCAGGCUGGAUCUGUCCCUGGACAACAGGACUCUCACUUUACUCAGUGUCACGAGGAAUGACACAGGACCCUAUGAGUGUGAAACCCAGAACCCAGUGAGCACCAGCCGCAGUGACGCAUUCACCCUGAAUAUUUCCUAUGGCCCGGACACCCCCACCAUUUCCCCCCCAGACUCAUCUUACCAUCCAGGAGCAAACCUCAGCCUCUUCUGCUAUGCGGCCUCUAACCCACCCGCACAGUAUUCGUGGCUUAUCAAUGGGAGGCCCCAGCAAUCCACACAAGAGCUCAUUAUCCCCAACAUCACUGUGAAUGAUAGUGGAUCCUAUACCUGCCUUGCCUAUAACUCUGCCACAGGCCUCAACAGGCCCACAGUCAAGACGAUCACAGUGUCUGAUGAUCCAGUACAAAGAAGUUCUCCUGGCCUCUCAGCUGGGGCAAUUGCUGGCAUUGUGAUUGGAGUACUGGCUGGGGUGGCUCUGAUGGCAGCCCUGGUGUAUUUUCUGUAUUUCAGGAAGACUGGAGGGUUCUUGUGUGAUACAGAUGCUGCUGGUCCUGAGACCACAUCCACAGGCAAUGGAAGCAGCAGACAGAGUUUCAAGCAGCGCCUGUCUGUCUGUCCUCCUCUUCACACGUCUGGCUGGCGCGCCGGCCUCCCUGCAUCUCUGGGCCUCCUCGCCGCGCCUGCCCCGCCUGCCGCUGUGUGGGUGUCGGGCUGGCUGUGCGCACAGGGGCGCGGCUCGGCCUGCCCCGUCCCCCGAGUCCCCCAUCUCAGGAAUGACCCGGGCCGCGGCGCAACGGUGCUGAGGCCCGGCAGCCGAGCCGCGGCCGAGGCAGGCCGGAGCGAGUGGCGGUGGCGUGGGCGGCGGCGCGGGGACGACGGGCGGCCGGGAGGAGCUGCGGCAGAUCACGGUCAGGGCCGGGUCCGGGUCCUGGGAAGCCGCUGCCGCCGCCUCGGCCCGGGAUCGCGGGCAGCGGGUCGGGUGGGCUCGGCCCGGCCCCGCCUGGUCCGCCCCGCCCCGCCCCUGCGCGCAGAACAGGCCGAGGCGGAGCGGCGCGCCCCCUGCGACACCGGAGCCCGAGCCCGAGCCCGAACCGGAGCGCCGCGACAUCCGAGCGGGAACCGGAGCGAGAACCGGAGCUGGAGCCGAAGCUGGAGCCGGCACUGCGGCGCACGGAGCGGAGCGCGGCAGCCAAGCCGAGUAAGGGGCGUGGGGCGAGGGCGGCGCUGGGGAGGGAUCGAGGAGGGCGGUCCCGACCCCCUUCCCCCGCGCUCUGCGGCUGCACCCGCGAAUGCACACAACCGGGGACGCACCGCGCGGAGCCUCGGCACGCCGGGCGGGCGGAUGCGUGGUCCGGAGCAAACCGCAGCGCUCUCGGAACAGAGAGGGACCCUAGGACUCCAGCUGACCCGCACCGACUGGUGGACCACCGGACUGGCAAGGGCUGAGGCUGACCCUAAGCACGCCCUCGGGCCGCGGGGAAAGGGAGGUCCCCCGGGUUCCUGCCUGACUCGAGUGCCAGACGAGCAUCCAUCCCUUGAGGGGAGCCCAAGAAGUCUCCCCAGCUCCGGGAGCUGUUUGGGGGACCGCGGUUUGGAGGACCUCUGA